AUGUAUGUGAAUGCUAUACGAAAGUUACCGGUUCCAAAAAACUUUUCCAGGUGCUUACUGACGUUCUCUCGCACUGUAAGAAACCCAAACACAUACCAUGCGACAGCUCCAACUUCGUUUGCUCCAAAAUCGGUGAUUUUGUUAUCCUCACCAACCCACCUCAACUCUACCAUUGAUGCUGCAAUUAAGCUUUUUGAAGACCAAAAGCUCCAGAUAGUCGUUGCUGGUGUAGACAGUGUUCCACCAAUGGGGAAUAGUGGUGUUUCAGAGUUGUGGAUGGACGAAUUCUUCAAAGUCAAAGAUGGCAUAUUUCUCGACGAGAAAGAUGACUUGAAUAAACCACCUCGACAGAGCGAUGGGGUGAAUGUAGUGGGAGCUCGAAAGAACUGGAAGCUUAUAGAUUCGGCGUUUUCUAUGAAAGUAGCAAAAAAUGUCGAUGUUUCCGUGAAUCUUGCGAACACGGCGUUUGUGAACGACAACUUGGUGACGCUCUUUUACUUGCAGCCACCUCAACUCGACGAUAAGGUAACAGCUGGAUUUUCAGACAGUGCCUUAUGUGAUCUUCGAGUCGAAUUGCCCAUAUCGGCACAAAAUGCAGUGGUAAAAGUUCACGAUCGAUGGACUGCGCUACCAUCUGAAAAACCACUUUUUGUCACGAAUUGCAUUGGAAACCUCAUUAAAUCGCUCAAUGGCAGCUCCGCAGCCAAGUUUCUCGAGCAAAAUGAUCAGUUGAUGAGCAUUGGGUCCAAAGACACCGAAGUUUAUGUGAAACUUUAUCGCGAGAAUACCGAGUACCGCUACCAAGUUAUAGCUGGCGGAGGUGGAUGGGGACCAAAAUCCGACACUUUGGUGGUCUCGCCAGAGGCAAAGGUACAGAAAGGAGACAGAAUUGAGUUUUUCAUGCUAACUCCAGAAAAUAAGAAGGCAUCUCACCAACAUGAGAUAGAGACAAAGAACGGCAGUUUUAUAUUUGAACGCAUCAAUGAGGCUUCAGGGUUUCGUCACAGCAAUUCUGACGUGGAAGGGACUCUGUCUGUGUUUGGAUGUGGCACGGAAGUGGCAUACCAUGUAAAUAAUGUGCUCCAUCUGUCAGCUGGUGAGACGGUGGUUGUGGAGAUGAAAACUGAAAGUUAA